AUGACCCUCACCAAUGAUGAUGUUGAAGCAGUAGCAAUCAAAUCCAAGAUUGUAAGCUCUGAGGCAUGUAAUGGGCAAAUAGAAGAAGAGCCCUCAAGUGUGGCAACUAUUGAAGCUCUAGUGAUCAAUGAAGUGCCAGAACCCUAUGGAGACGAGAUUGCGCAGCGUAAGAUAACAUUAAGGCAGUUACAAGCCAAGAUGAGGUCAAAAGGCGAAAUGGUGGAAACUUUGCGCCAAGAGGUUAGGAAUCGAGAACUAGUGUAUGGCAUGGUAGCUGAAGCAUUGAAAAAGUACAAUAUCCCAGUGAUGGAAGAGUUGAAUCUCUAUCAAAAGCCUUACCCAGCGUAUGUUGACAAAACUCCAUUCCCACCCGGUUACCAAAGACUCAACUUCCCCAAGUAUGAUGGCACUGGCUCGUCACAACAACAUAUAGCCCACUUCAUUGCUGCCUGUGGCAAUACAACGAACAUUUACCAGCUAUUGCUUCGGCAAUUUGUGGGAAUUCUUACGGGACCUGCAUUCAAAUGUUACUCUCGGUUACCACCAGGGUCAAUCUCAUCAUGGGUACAAAUGGAAGAAGAGUUCCUCAAGCUUUUCUGCGACAUAGAAAAGAAAGUGCAACUUUUCGAGCUUCUUGAGGUAAGACAAAAGCCACAUGAGCCAAUGAUCGAAUAUAUCGAAAGGUGGCGUACUCUGGCCAUCAAUUUUACCACUCCAAUAGGUGAGCUCCAAGAGAUGGAGUACUACAUAGACAGGAUGCACCAAGAAUUGACUUGUUAUGUCACCUCAACAUGGCCUCCUAUGUUCACCAAGAUGGUCAACAAGGCAGUACAAAUCAAAAGCUUGCUCAAGCACCAUGGAAAUGUAUCUGAGCCCUUCACAUUGGUCAAUGAUGAUGAUCAGUUGGCAGAUGCAAUGACAAAUACCAUGCACUCCUCAAGUCAAAGUUGGAACAAGAGUUAUUCCUUUGACAAGCUCAUGGUCCCCAAAUUGCUUGAUAUCCUCCUAUCAGAGGGGAUGAUCGAGCUACCCAUGCCAAAAAGACCGGGAGAAGUCAGAGGGAACAACAAACCCAAUUACUGCCAAUAUCAUAGAAGACUUGGUCACAAGACCGAGGAGUGCCAUGCCGCUAAAGAUAUCAUCCAGAACUUCAUGGAUAAGGGAAAAUUGAAUUUGGGGCCUGAUUCCACACGUGAUCCAGUGCCACACAUGGUCUAA